AUGGAAACCUGGGGUAAUUGGACAUUUAGUAAGGAAAACGAAGAUUUGUUGGCCGGAGUGUUGAACAAAUUUGGCUCGGAACAAUGUAGCUUAGAUACACCGAAAAAAGUCUUUUUGUCGUCCUUGGCCGCUUCGUCGAAAACUGUGCGGGUUGAAAUAUCCAGUUCGAGCAGCGAUGACAGUGAUAUUGACGGAGACUUUAACUCCGUUCAGACGUGUUUUCCGAAAUCCAACGCAGACGCGUCGAAUGUAGAAUCUAAACCUACAGCGGCUGUGGUCGACGACUCGGAGCUUCAGCCUGCCUGCAUCGGUGCCGCCUUGGGUAAUUUUAACGACGAAUCUUCCUUCCUGCCAAGUCAACCGCAAGUGGAAAACCCGCAUGAAAACGCAAUCAAACAAAUAGUCGAAAUGUUAAACGCCGGAGACUACGACGCAGGAGAGUUGUUUUCCGCGUUGCAGACCGAGCGAAACAACCGAAAAGACGUGUCGGAGAUAAUCGGGGACGUGUGGCCGGAAAUUGUCACUGACAGAGCUCGCCACGGUUUUUGCGAAGCGCUUGUCCAAACCGACGUGAGGCCGCAAAUAAUUUGUGAAGAUAUAUAUUUACCCUGGUUCAAAACACGCGAGUCGAAUUUGACUGGGUUCGUCGAGAGUCUGUCCAAACUGAUCGUCCACUUUUCGGAAUACGCUUGCAAAUCAUUACUCGUCAAACUGCUGAUAGACAAAGAAUCGAUUCUGGUUAAACAUUUGAAUUGGCUCGUGGACAUCAUGCAGUCCCUCGACCAACAACAUUGGUGUAUUCUUUUAAACGAAUACUUAAAUCACUGCGAUGGCCUUGAUCAGUAUCAAAUACCAGUUUUGUUGCACUUGGUGAACAAUUGCCAGAAAAGUCUAAACAACGACGACGCCGAACGUCUGGUUGGGUUGUGCAGAAAUUCGGCCCAUGAACAUUCUGCUAACAGAGACUUUGGCUUAUUGCUAAUGUCUGUGAUCGGAGCUAUCGAUUUGAGCAAAUUUCGAUCAGAAAUGACGACCAUAUGCGGGCAACUCAAAGGAGUUUCAAAGUUUAUGAUCAUGAAAGCUCUAAAGGACACAAAAUAA